AGGGCAGGUAGGCUGCAAAGUCGGAUCGAACCAAUCAGCGCCACCCGGAUAUAAAGUGGGUGUGGAGGUUCCCGGAAAAGUCUCUUUAGUUCUCCAUGAUGGGGUCCACGUUGCCCCGAACCCUCCUGCUGCUCGCGGUGGGCCUGUCCCUGACAGAGACCCUGGAGCGCUCCCACUCACUGAUGUAUUUCAUCACCGGAGUGUCCCGGCCCGGCCUCGGGGAGCCCCAUUUCAUGGCUGUGGGCUACGUGGACGACACGCAGCUCGUGCGCUUCGACAGCGACGCCAAGAACCCGAGGGCAGAACCACGGGCGCCGUGGAUGCAGCAGGUGGAGCAGGUGUACUUGCACAGGCACACACAGCGGGGUAAACAGCAGACACAGAUUAAUCGCGUGGACCUGAACAACCUGCGCAGCUACUACAACCAAAGUGAGGACGGUUCUCACACACUCCAGAAAGUGUAUGGCUGCGAAGUCGGGGCAGAUGGACGCCUCCUCCGCGGGUACUGGCAGUGGGCCUACGACAACAAGGACUACAUUGUCCUGAAUGAGGACUUGCAAACCUGGACUGCAGCCGACAUGGCGGCUCAGAUCAGCAAGCACAAGUGGGAGGCUGAUGGUGAUGCUGAAGACUUCAGGGCCUACUUGGAGGGGGAGUGCUUAGAGUUGCUAACCAGAUUCCUGGAGUUGGGGCAGGAGACACUACAGCGUUCAGACCCACCCACAGCACAUGUGACCCACCACCCAGUCUCUGACCAGAAGGCCACCCUGAGGUGCUGGGCCCUGGGCUUCUACCCCAAGGACAUCACACUCACCUGGCAGCGAGAUGGGGAGGACCUGACCCAGGACAUGGAGUUGGUGGAGACCAGACCUGCAGGAGAUGGAACCUUCCAGAAGUGGGCAGCUGUGCUGGUGCCUUCUGGAGAGGAGCAGAGAUACACAUGCCACGUGGAGCAUGAGGGGCUGCCUGAGCCCCUCAGCCUGAGAUGGGAGCCUCCUCGGCCCACUGUGCCCAUGUGGGGAGUCAUCACUGGCUUGGUCCUCGUGGCAGCUGUGCUCAUUGGAGCUGUGGUCACUGCUGUGAUGAAGAUGAUUAGGAGGAAGUGCUCAGGUGGGGAAGCAGCAAGCUACACUAGGGCUGCAGGUAAGCACUGGGGUAUAUUUGAGGGUGAGGGCGUCCCCAAGACCCUUAGAUGCCCAUGGAGAAGCUGCCCUGCCCACCCAGUAGCUCCUCCCUCAGCCAUACCCCAAGGACUCUCACCAAGUCCUGAUUGGUUCUCCCAGGUGGGAACAGAGCCCAGGGUUCUGACUGCUCUCUGACAGUUUGAAGGGUGAGCCUUGGAUGGGAUGGAGCCAGAGAGAUGGUGGGUCUGAGGAGAAACAAAGGAGCUGGGAUUCCUUGUGUUUCUGUGGGCACAGUGUGAGGUGGAAGCCUGGCUCUCCCAGCCCAGUGUGGGAGCCUCUGUCCCUGUCUCAAGUCAGGUGCACCUGCUACAGUUUUGUCCUCUCCUGUGCAGAUCUGAACAGCAAUUCACUUUUUCCAAUUCCAAUCACAAGGGGUUAAGAAAAUUAAAUCAGAAAAAUUCCAAAAAUUUUGCAGAGCAAAUAAACUGAAGCGCCAAGAACCUUCCAGAAGCCAUGUGGUUGCUAUGUUGAGUCAGCUGCAGGUAGGACAAGAGAGACUGGGAUGCCCUGGGUGAGAACAGGGUUGUGUCCAUGCACUGCUCAGCCCACCAGGUUUUGUCGUGGUCACUGCCAACUUGGCUCAGUGCCUUAGUGUCCUGGGCUGUCUGGUAGGUCGUGCCCAUCAACACCUGCCAAUACAGGACUCAGCUGUGGCCAGGCUGCCCUGCCUCAUGGACCCAAAUAGUGGAGGCUGCAGGAGGCCAGAACAGUCAAAACACACUUGGAUCAGCCCAGGGCUCCCAUCUUCCUAUGUCCAUUUUGUUCCUUAGUGUUGUUGACUGCACCUGCUCGUCCUGUGUGUGAGCUCUGGUGGCCUUCAGGCCUGUGUGUGCAGGAGGCAGUGUGGGAGGGAAGCAGGAGGGCAGAUGAUACGUGUGAGAAAGCACAGAUCUCUUGGACACCAGAGGAAGGGGAUCCCACUCUGCAGCGGCCACAGGCAACCUCUGUCUCAGGCUUCACUAAUGAACCACAGGGUCUAGAAGGGCAGGUGCAACAUGCUCAUCACUCACCCCCACCUUGCUGUGGGCUAGACCCAGUGCAGGGCAAGUUGGUCCAGAGUGGGUGUGAGGGCUGGGGCAGCUGGCUCUCUUGCCACCAUGUUCAGCGUGCACUGCACUAAGGGAGAUGACCCUGAGGAAAGUUGGGAGGACACAGUGAGUCACCGUCAAAGGUGUCUGGGCAGGUGCUGUGCAGGCAGGGGACGGCCAGUACAAAUUCCCCAGGUAGGAGCAAGUCUGCAUACAGAGCAGGGAGCCGUCAGAAAGGCUGGGUCGGGCACCACCGUCCAGCAGACCUCACACACACUGGAAGGCUCAGCCCUGGCGCUGAGUGAGGUGGGAGCCACAAGACAGCUCUGAGCAGAAGAACGUGUG